AUGCCGCAAAACGAGCACAUCGAGCUUUUCCAGAAGCGAUACGGUAAACGCCUCGAUCAUGAGGAGAAAGCGAGGAAGAAAGAAGCGAGAGAGCCGCACAAGCGAAGCGCCAUGGCGAAGAAACUUAUCGGCUUGAAGGCAAAAUUAUACAGCAAAGAACGCUUCAAGGAGAAGAUCACGAUGAAGAAAACAAUCAACCAACACGGAGAGAAAGGGAGAAAGAGAAAAGUGGAAGACGAAGUCGCGCCAGGAGCUAUUCCCGCGUACUUGAUGGACAGAGAAACAACUUCGAGAGCUAAAGUACUCUCCAACACGAUUAAACAAAAACGGAAAGAGAAGGCGGGGAAGUGGGAAGUUCCUUUACCGAAAGUUCGACCAAUUGCGGAGGACGAAAUGUUCCGAGUCAUGCGUUCUGGUAAAAGACAGAAGAAGACUUGGAAAAGAAUGAUUACGAAAGCGACGUUUGUUGGACCAGGUUUCACGCGUAAACCACCAAAAUACGAGCGCUUUAUUCGCCCGUCUGGCUUGCGAUUCACGAAAGCGCACGUCACACAUCCAGAGUUGAAAGCGACGUUUCAGUUGCAAAUCCUAGGCGUGAAGAAGAAUCCAAACGGGCCAAUGUACUCAUCCUUAGGCGUGAUGACAAAAGGUACAGUCAUUGAGGUUUCAGUAGAGGAGUUGGGAUUAGUUACGCCGGGAGGUAAAGUAGUGUGGGGGAAGUACGCGCAAGUUACGAAUAAUCCAGAAAACGAUGGCUGCGUGAACGCGGUGCUCCUCGUUUAA